CCUAAACCAGUUUUUCGGUGGUGUCUCGUUGCAGAAAAGCCCCGUUCUCCUUUCUCCCUAUUGUUCGUUCGCUUGCAGUUCAUUGUUCUCUGCUGUUCGCAGAUUCGUCGAUCGGACGACUCUCCUAUCUUCAUCCAUGACUUUGAUGACUCCCCCACCGUUAGAUCAAGAGGACGACGAGAUGUUGGUUCCCCAUUCGGAUUUUGCAGAUGKUCCGCAGCCAAUGGAAGUAGUAGCACAAGCAGAAACUGCUAGUACGGUGGAGAGUCAGCCAGUGGAGGAUCCUCCCUCAUCGAGAUUUACGUGGACAAUCGAAAAUUUUUCUAGGCUGAACACCAAGAAACACUAUUCCGAAAUUUUCAUUGUUGGCGGUUAUAAAUGGCGGGUGCUUAUUUUUCCGAARGGAAACAACGUGGACCAUUUGUCUAUGUACCUAGAUGUUGCAGAUUCUGCAAGCUUGCCUUAUGGGUGGAGUAGAUAUGCCCAGUUCAGCUUGGCCGUGAUAAAUCAAAUAACAACAAGUAUACUGUUAGAAAAGACACACAACACCAGUUCAAUGCACGUGAGAGUGAUUGGGGUUUCACAUCAUUCAUGCCUCUCAGUGAGCUAUAUGACCCAAGUAGAGGGUAUCUUGUGAAUGAUACAUGUAUAGUUGAAGCUGAGGUUGCAGUCCGUAGGGUUGUGGAUUAUUGGACAUAUGAUUCAAAAAAGGAAACGGGUUAUGUUGGACU